AUGUUCAUAUCAGCGUGUCGAACUUUUACGCAUCGUAAUUCUUCAUAUUCAUUACUCAAUUUAUCUAUAUAUUCUGCAAAUAUUGUACGGUCUUCACAUAUAAGUGAUGGUGAAUGGAUUAUAAAUAGCAUAUCAUUAAUAAUUUUUGUUCUCGCUGUGCUGGGAAAUACAGCUGCCCUUUUCGUUAUGUUUGGUUCUCGAGGGCCGGUCCGAUUGACAAAUAAUAAAUAUUUAGUUAAUUUAGCGUGUGCUGAUCUAUUACGCGCAUGUUUUAUGCCUUUUACUAUUAUUGCAAGAGUCAAACGAAAUUUUGUCUUUGGACCACUUAUUUGCAAAAUUUUACCAAUUGUUCAAGGUUUAAGUGUUGCUGUUGACGUUUUUACUCUUGUUUGUAUAAGUGUAGAACGUUACAUAGCAAUAUGUCGGCCAUUAUUAAUACUAAAACUUCAAUCUCUUCGAUUUGCAAAUUUUUUCAAUGGUCUUAUUUUAUUCUUGAUAUGGACAAUAGGCCUCUUAACGACCCUACCAAAUAUUUCAAUGUAUAAUUUAUGUUCUUUACCUCAACCUGGAAGAUUUAAGUGUGAAAAGGUCAAGCCACAAUAUUUUGAUGAAAGAGUUUAUAUGAUUUCAUUAGAUGUUUUUUAUUUUUUGGCCCCAAUGCUUAUCAUGCCUUCUCUUUACACACUCAUUAUUUGUAAAAUAUAUAAAAAUAAUACUGCAACAAAAAUGCGAUUUUUACAAAGUAAUUGUCCAAGUAAAAUUCAUUCAAAUUCAUCAAAUUCUUCAACAACUCUUCGUCGCAGUGAUCGUCAACGUCAGCGUACAUCACUAGAAUGCCAUCAAUUUAGUUUAAAUGAGCAAAACAUAAAUAAUGAUUCAUCAAAUUUUGAACCUGUUCAACAUAUAUUAUCUAAACAGAGUAGUGCUAAAUCUAAGUCCGGCUUAGCUGAUGAUGAUUAUCAAAUAGUAUCUGCAUGGUCAAAGCAUAUUAAUCAUAAUCGUAAGAUUCCUAAAUCUAAUCUAUCAUGUCGUCGAUCGUCUAAAGAAAAUCAACGAUCACAUCAUUUAUUUAAUUCAAAUACUUCUCAUUUAAGUAGUGAUAAGAGUCAUUGUUCAUCAACAACCCAAGGUGUUUAUCAUAUGGAUCGUCAUCGUCGCAAAGCACUCAAACUUUUAAUUGUAAUUAUAGUUGAAUUUUUCAUCUGUAGGACACCGUUAUUUAUUUAUCAUACAUUUGGAACAUUUGAUAAAAAAUUUUAUCGUUCAAUGCCAACGAUCUUUGUUGAUUUAAUUCUUCUAUUUUCAUUUGCAUCACUCUUAUGUAAUCCAUUUACGUAUUAUUUUAUGUCGAAAAGAUAUCGAUCUGUUUUAUAUGGAUAUUUAUCCUGCUGUAUUUGCAAUAAAGAUAAACUAAAAUUUAACAAUAAAAAUCAAGAAGCACGAAAUAUUGUUGAAGCUUUACGUUUACAUCAACGACAAAAUACUUUGGAAUACAAACAAAAAUCGAAUAAACCUAAACUAUUACCAACUAAUCACAGUCCAUACGAACCAAAAUUAAGAUCAAAUACGUUAGAAUAA